GGUUUGGAUGGGGAGGUGUUUCUUCCCAGGGAAGGGAUUGUGUGGUUUCUCAGUAUCUUUGUACUUCAGUCAGCUGCUUAUUCACGGAGCAAGUGCUAAAAGACUUGGGCAAUCAGACCACUUCCGUUUGGGAGGCACCUCAAGCUCUCUUGUCCACAGCACCAUUGGGACAUUGAGUUCCCAGUGUCCAGGGAUGGUUUUGUGGUCACCCUAAGGGACACCACUGGUCACUGAUGUCCAUGGGGACUCUAAGCCAUUUACCACAAUCCUCUGGAUAUCACCACCCAGCCAUUCCUCAUUCUCCACACUGUGCAUCCAUCAGAUCCCUAGCUCUCCAAAUGAGGGACAAGGAUGAUGGGCAGGGUUGAUGUGUCCAGGGCAUUACAGAAGUCCAGAGUGGUGGCAUCUGCAGCUCUUCCCUUGUGCACUGAGGCAGUCACUCCAUCAUGGAAGGCCUCUGGGUUGGUCAGGCAGCACAGACCCACUGUGUGCUCCUUGAGGUUUCCUUUGGCAUAUCAGAGCAUUUAAGAGGUUGGGCCGGUUUAAGGAGGUCUGCCAGUUUAUCAACUGACUGAUGUCCUUUGAGACUCACAGGAAAAAGCAGACCACUAAAUUGCACCUGAAGACCAAAUGGUGAAGUGAAGCCUUCACCUUUGGCAUGAAACAAAAGGGCUGUGUUAGCCAUGCUCCCCACAAGGUGUCAAACUUGCAGCCAGAAGGCUGCUGCCAAGAGGGAAUCCUGCCCUUGUCUGCAGCCAAAGAUCACUCACUCUUCAGCAUUGGGGGCUGUGGCUGACAGUGCCUGAGGAGCUCAGAAAUCCGUGGAUGUGAUCUCCUAUUCUUCUCAGGGCUUGUGAGCUCUCACUGCUCCUGUGACAGUGCCCAGAACACAGGGCAGGCCUGUGUGCUUGACCUAGGGGGGCUGUCCCAGCCCUUGGACAGAACUGCCAGGCUGGACAAGCUCCCUCCCAAAGAAGGAAUAUCCCAGGUCUCCAUCCCCACCUAGGCCUGCCCUGUGUUCCAGGGCCAGAGAGGCCGCAGCAGGCUCUGAGGUCACAGAGCCCCAUGGUUCUGCAGCAUCACAAUGUGCAGCCCCUCAGUCCUUGACUACAACUGGUGCUGACAUUGGGACAGCGGUGUCAGGACAGCAGUAACAGCAAGAGCUGUAGGACUGGCAGAGAGGAAGGCACCAUGGCCCUUGCUCUGCGCCUCUUCCUCCUGCUCCUCCUGGCAGUGGCCCUGCCUGCCAGGGCUGCCCAGGCAGCUCCAUGGCAAGCACAGGGAGCAGGUGAGCUGGCGGCCUGGCUCCCCUUUCCCAGGACAGUGCUCACCUCUCCACAGGAAGCACUGGGGAUCAUUUUGCAUAGGGCUUUAGGGAGGCUUUCCUUUGCGGGAGGGAAAGAGCCCACAGGGGCCCUGGGCUGCUCCAGCCACCCAUCCAGGGAUGUUGCACAGGGCAUGGAGAGAGUGGGCAGAGAGACCAGAGCCAGCCCAGAGCUCUCCAGGCCCCUCUGAAGCUUUGGCCAUGUCCAUUCACAUCUGCCUCCCAUAGCCUUACCCAACCCAUACACAUGAAGUGGAACUAUUUUGCUAUAAGGUUUUCCAAGACCAGAGAGCCAAGACACAGGAGACAAGAAAUCCAUGGAGGCAGCAAAACUUCUAGACCAGAUGCUAAGUGAUCUGGAGAGACGUCGUGGUGGGUGCAUUUCCCUCCCUUGCAGUGCCCAGUUCCCUAAGGCAGAAGGAGAUCCCAGGACACCAGGGAAAUGGUUCUCAUCUGUGCUCCCUUCUAGGUGAGGUUCCUAGGAAGGCUUCUCGAGGAAGUUGGUUGGAAGAUGGUUUGGAACUCUUGGGAGCUUCUGCAGGUAAGUUCUCAACUUCCCCUCAUACCAUAAUCAUGGACAGCCUGGCAGGAACUGAGUGACAGAAGCUUCUGUGACUGUUGAGUUACAGGUGUGUCUGCAGGAAACACUUUCCCAGCUCCAGGGCUGGAUGAUAUGUACAAACCCAGUUCCCAUGACAAUAGUGAGUAGUAUGUCCCUGCUGACCCCACAGGCUGAGCACUGCUUUUGUGGGAUCCAUCCACAUGAAGUGGAACUACUUUGCUCUAAGGUCCUCCAACAGGCAAGGCCCAAUACACAGAAGACAAAAAAUCCCUGGAGGCAGCAAAACAUCUGAACCAGAUGCUGAGUAAUCUGGAGAGACGCCGUGGUAAGUGCAUUUCCCUCAGCCCUCUUCUGAGACUCAGCAGCCGGGGGCUUUCUCUGCACAUCUGGAGACGCCAUGCCCGACACAGCAGGAAGGGAUCCACGGCAGCCUCACUGUCCCACUGCUGCUGUCACACCCUGCAGGGCUGUUUCCCAGCUAGGCCUGGCUGCAGCUUCUCCUCAGCCUCUGCAGGAAGGCCUUGGCAUCAGCUGACAAGGAGCCCAAAGUGCCCCAGGGGCCAUGCACACCCUGACAUCACUGCAAUUUCCCAAUCUCAGGGUAGAUCAGAAAUGGCAGCUCUUGGGAGGAGGGAGGGCCCUGGCCAAUCCCAAAGGUUUAUAUAAUUUCUUGAUCCUUGUCCGUGACUUUGACCAGUAUUGGCUUCUGAAGAUGUCAUCUCCCCAAUGGGGACGCUUCUAUGUGAUCCAGCUGUCCCUUUUCCUUUUUCAAGUGAUGAACCAAAAAUCUGUGCAGAGGGUGGUUGUUCCAGGAAUAAGCAAUGGCUCAUUGGCAUCUCAGCCAGGCAGUGCCACACAAGAAGCACUUGGCAAGUCAGAUACACAUGCUGAGAAUCCACCGAGCACCCCAGGAGUUUUCUGCCCCCAGGAUGUGCGCAGGUCCUGCAUGAUAGGCACAGUAGUGACAGUGUUCACAGUGCCACUUUCCAUGGUCCUGUGCUAUGUCGGAUUCCGGUGGUGGAAGGAAAGCAAACAUCGCCCUGCUGCAGCUCCAGCACCCCGGCCAAGGAGGCGCGACUCUCCCUCGCCCCCACGGAGCCCAAGGCCCGUCCGGUUUGACAGCUCUCAGACAUGGCCUCAGCAGCAGCAGUCCACCAGGAAAGCAGAGCACCAGGCCUCUGUGCCUCCCCCACGGCCCCCCAGCCCGGCUGUGAUGCGGAAGCCCCCCGAGAUCCCCCCACCUCCUCCCCUGCCCAGCCAGCCCCCCUGGUCCAGCUAGGACUGAAACUGGGCCAGCCACUCAGGACAUUGGCCACCAACAGCUUGGGGCAUCUGCUCUUAUCGACAAAUAACAUGUGCUACCUAUGGAUAACACCCAGAGGCAGUUUUCAUACUGUUGUACUUUCAACAGGAAGGGCUGAAGAUUCUUCCCAUGCCCUGUCUCUUCCUUUGCUGUUUUGAUUUUCAUACAGCUGGGUGCUGACUGAAUCUCUUCAAAUAAAUUGUUUAGCACUGCAUGUUUUACCCCACCUAUCAGGGGAAAAAAAUAAAAAAAAUCUUCAGUUCAGAAUUCCUUUUUAAUAUGGAUGGCCACUCACAUUUUGAGCAAUUAAAUUUCCAUGGGACCUCUUCCCUUUUCUUUACUAUCUAGAAAAAGUACAUCUGGACAUAAAAAUCACCACUGUUGCUGAGAUUCACCUCAAAGCUCAGAGGAGAAUCUAGCACAAAAUAUUCUCCCUGUGUACUGCACAACAAGAAAUAUUCAGAGGAAAAUACAGUGGCAGCUGAGGCUUGUGGAACUCCCAGAAUACUGAGCCUGCAGAGGAGGCAAACAGCUCUGGCAGUGGCUGAGGGGACUUCUCACAGAAUCCUCUCAAAGUGUGUCACUUUAACAGGCUCCUCCUGUUACAAACAAUUUUCCAUUCCUCAACAAAGCUACUCAGGUGCUUGACUUAGCUUAAAGAGCAAAACCAGAAGUGGUCAGAAAUUUCCCAUUAAGGCCUAUUUGCAAAGAAACCCCACCAUAUGUGAGCAAAUAUUUGUUAGCAUCAGUUCACUCAAAAGAAACCCAAUGCUAUAUUAAGCAGUGUUUUAAAUGAACUUGAAUUCUCUUUCCUCACAUAUUGGCUACACUGGUUUGCUCCAUUUUUGUCCUAGAGAGAAUAUUAGAAUGAUUUGCUCUUGACAGGACGCCUUGGAUGGCCCCCAGACCUGGCUCCUCACCACACCCUGCCUGGAUUGUUAACGCAGCCUGUUAGCACCACCUGACUUUGGCAGCCUGUUCAGACCUCGGGCACGGCUGGUGCCACGGUCCCCUCUGGCUCCUGGCGUGUCCCUGCUGCUGGAGGAACCCUGCUAGUGCUGCUGCCUGCGUUCAACAACGCCGGUCCUACUCCCCAGCCAAGAAGAGACUGAAAUCAAUGCUUCGGGCAGCUCGUUUGAACGAGUUCAACACUUACUCAUGUCUAACACAGACCUCUUAACACCCACAUACCAACACCAGCAAGUCACCUCAUCUACAGAGGUGAGGAAGCCUGAGCGAACACAAGGUCGGCAUUCAAGCACAUGGGGUUUCUAAUUUAGUAGAAGCACUCACUCGUUCACAAGCCUUAUUUGUCAAACUGGAUUGCGCGAUGCUAUUAUCUUGCCUGUGUUCGAGAGAAAGCAGGGAGAAAUUCGCGAAGAAAUCAGAAGCGCAGUUGGGGCUGAGGCUUGGCAGACAGACGGAGCAGGGUGGCACCUGCCCACUUUGCCCGAGUCCCUGCUCCUGCCGCACAAAGGCGGACGCGGCUCCG